CCCCCCCCGGACUUUCCCUGCCCCGCUCCCAGCGUGCGGGGAGAAAGUUCCUUGUUUCAAAGGAUAAAUCUCGCUGCUGCUGCAGGAACGUGUCUCUGCCCCCUGCAGACGAGCCCGGGGACGCUCUGUUUUCUGGGCUUCUCCAACAAGUGGGCGCCUCUGCCCCACGGACGCUGGGAAACAGGCUCGUCCUCGCCCACCCUGGCGGGUUGCAAUGAGGGGACUAGGGUAGCCUGUUGGUUUCUCAGGGCCAUAGUGAUGGCUGAAGUUGGUCUCUGGGAGCCCGCUGCAGGCUCAUACUACUUUCCUAGAGUGAUGUGGAGCAAGUGAGUCAACUCCUGUCUGGGUCCUCUGCCUUUGCUGGGGCCUGUGCUGCGGCCAGCAGGAUGGGGAGCAGUGGCUCGGCACUGAAGGUCUGUACUGAUCACCGAGGAGGCAUCAACUGGCUCAGUCUGAGCCCAGACGGGCAGCACCUGCUGACGGGCAGUGAAGAUGGCACUGCACGUCUCUGGAGCACAGCAGAUAGCCAGUGCCAUGGCCACUUCCAAGGACAUGAAAGCUACAUCACUUUUUGCCACUUAGAAAAUGAGGUUGCAUUCACAUGUAGUGCAGAUCACACAAUUAGAAAGUGGGACGUGAUGACAGGCCAGUGUCUGGCCAUUUACCGAGGGCACACAUCAAUUGUCAACAGGAUCCUGGUUGCCAAAGACUAUCUAUUUAGCUGCUCCUAUGACAGGACAGCUCGGUGCUGGAGUGUGGACAAGGAGAAGCAAAUCCAGGAAUUCCGGGGCCAUCGGAACUGUGUUCUGACUUUGGCUCACUACUCCCCCAGGGAUGUUCUUGAUGAGUCGGAGGAGGAGCAGGAGAAACUGAGCAGAGACUUCCUGGUGACAGGAAGCACAGACUGCACUGUUAAGGUCUGGUGGGUGUCGAGUGGGCGUUGCUAUCAGACUCUGCUAGGGCACACUGGGGCUGUUUUAUGCCUUAUACUUGAUGCUCCAAACAGGGAGUUAUUUUCUGGCAGCACAGAUUAUACCAUCCGAACAUGGAAUAUUGUGACCGGCGAGCAGUUAAAAGUGUUCAAAGAGCAUCAAGGAUCAGUUAUCUGUCUAGAGCUGGUGAAUCGAUACUUGUAUUCGGGAAGUGCAGACAAGACGGUGAAGUGCUGGUUAGCAGACACUGGGGAGCAAGUCCAAACAUACAAGACUCACAAACACAGCGUUAGCACUUUGAAAUACCAUGCAGGAAUCUUGUUUACAGGAAGUGGUGAUGCCUGCGCUCGAGCUUUCAAUUCAAAGACAGGCGUCCUGCAGAGGAUCUUCCGAGGACACAAGUUCAUCAUCAACUGCAUUCAGAUUCACAAUGAAUUAUUGUACACAGCUUCCCACGAUGGCACGCUAAGGAUCUGGGACGUACAAGGAAUCUGCAAGCGAAACAAGCAUCGCCUGAAGAAGGAGCGGUCUGUCCUGGGCAAGAGCUCUCAGAAGGGAAGUCUGUCUCGUCUUUUCAAUAACAGAGUUGGCUGCACAGUGGAACAGGAGAAUGGGGAACUUGAGGCUGUUGAACUAAUGUGAUUGCUCGGGACAAACUUUCUGUCAAAGAGGAAAAACUGAGCCAUCUUCUGUGCCCUUGGGUGCAGAUAAGCCAGACCUUGGAAAGAGGUGGGAAAUUACAUUGCCUAAAGUGUUCAAUCAAGAGUUCACAUUCAUGUGAAUCAUGAAACUGACUCUCUUCAGAAUAUUACUGAUGUCUCACAGCAGCUCAUAGUACAUUGUAAUGGAAAGUAAACUUGUGUGGAUGACUUACCGACCAGGGGCAAUAUGGGGUCAGGCGCCAUUGUGGAGAGCAGUCCAUGAGAGAUGCCUUCCCCUAUAUUUUUGUUUGUAAUUAUAAUUUGUAUUUAAGACUCCUUUUCCCAGUUCCUUCCUGUACAGUGGUAUUUGACCCCACUGCUGCCUCACCCUGGUCCCUGACAGGAGGAGCGGCAGGAAUAAGUAAUAAGCCAAUAGGCUCCCUCCCCUUCUUAUUGCAUGUUACAACACACUGCGAUGGAGCAGAAUGUGCAAGCGAAGGCUGCCUUGCAGGAUGACUCUGAAUUGAAUUUUCUCAGCUCCCUUUAGGGUUAUAAUGUCCUUGCCUCUCACUGAUCCGAAUGACUUUAAUGUAGGAGAGCUUGGCUGAGGCACACAGAUGCCUGAAGUCUCAUUGGUGCUUGAGCUUAGAGCAACAGAGCAGAGAUUUAAAUGGGCUUUGAAAAAACCCAACAAAUGAACAACCUGAACUUCAGGCCAGUUCCUCUGCAUGCAGCGUGAGUGGGAGAGCAGGUUGGCAGUGAGUUCCCCUGAGGGGUGGGGGAGGGAGGGCGAGGGACUUGUUUCUUUGUUGUGGACAUUGGAAAGCAGGACAACAGGCUUCAUGUAAGGAUGCUGGUUCUGAAGGAUGUGAUGGAGGGAGGUUGAGUGAAUGCAGCCACCCAGUAUCUCUCUGGCUUCGCUGCUGGGCCUGGGCUCCUUUCACAUUUCAUGAACCCAUCAGCGGUGCUGCACAUUCCAUGACAGGUGACAUAGGAGCCAGACAAAAUCUAGAGAGUGCCUGGAGACCAUAUGGGCUUUGAAAUGAAGAGCAUGUUACCAUGGAAGAAGGUGGGUACCUGUUGGAAGGAAGGUGGUGAUGUGUAAAGAUCUAGAGUGAAAUUGUUAGAGAUCACCUAGGUGUGCCUGAAGGAAAGGGGGGUUUGGAUAAGCAUCUGAAUCAAUGGUUCUCACCCUGUUUAUGUGGCCCACAGUGUAUUACGUGGGCCGCAAGUUGAGAACCACAGUCCCCGCCCCCAGCCGCCCACAGUCCCCUAUGCCCAGCAUGGGCCAGGAGCCAAUCCCUGGGUAUGGGCUGGGCAGCAGCUGGACCCAGACCCUGCCAUGUGGGGCUGCAUAGCAGCUGGGAUCCGAGUGCUGCGGCAUGGGGCCGGGCAGCUGGAAGCCCUGGUACUGGGCCAGGAGCUGAGCGCCCGGUGCGGGCUGGCAGCCAGGACCCAAGAAGGGGGGCCAAGAGCAGAGCCCCACCUGAAACCUGGGGGUGCUGCAGCACCCUGGCAAAUCCCUAGUUCCCAGUGCCCCCCAUCCCCUCACUGCCCGGAGCCCCCUCCACAAACCUACUCACAGACCCACUCUCCCACCCCGUCCCCCUGAGGCACUCACCUGCCCCCUGCUGGCAGGAGCACUCCAGCAGUCUGCAUGACGCAGUCUUCCCCUCAGCCAGCCCUGCCUCCGCCAGACCAGAAUGGCACAUUUUGAAUUUUUUUUUAGCACACAGUUGGGCUGCAGCUGUGUGCUAAUUGGGCCGCAGGUUGAGAACCGUUGAUCUAAAUUUAGGGGUGUCGCACUCAUCUCUUCCAAGUUCACUGCUCCUUGAUAAUCACUGAGCCAUAAAUAUUCGUGUCAUUUUUUUUUGUAGAUACAACACACUUUGUAGAUUCAAUGAAACAGAUACUUAACCAUGUGUUUUUAUUUUUGUGGCUUUAUUUAUUCUGUAUUGUGGCAGAUAAAUGCUGUAAUACUCUUUGUGAGUGGGUAAUAAACACAUGGCAUCUAUAGAUGAAACUGAA